CUUUUAUUUAUAAUCAAAUGUAAUAAAUGAACACAAAAAAGGGAAAUGCAGAGAUUUUUAACACGUCGGAAUAUCUUUUAAACCAUAGUUGGAAACUGCAAUCGCUUGGUUUUUGUAAAAAUGGGGGAGGCAAGAUUAUCAGCAUCUUUUUUGAUACUGGUUUUAGCUUCGCUGCUAUAUAUAAUUGGUGUUUCGACUCAUUCCUUCAUUAAGGUUGACGAAUUCCAUAACGGGUUAUGGAAACGAUGUUGUUACGAUAAAGGUAGACCCCAAUUCUGCAUGGACUUAGAAAAUUAUACGGACAAAGAUUGGUUUAAAAUUUGUAGAGGCAUGAGUAUACUGGGACUAAUUAAUAUCUUAGCAUCGACAAUUUGUGUUGCAAUGAGAUUGUUCAAGCUACCUGAACAUAAAAUAUUACGAAUUUGCACUAUCGUGGCUACAUUCUCAACUGUUGCGUUUAUUCUCACAGGACUGGUUUUAUAUUACAGAAAUAUAGAUGACGUCACAGGUGGAAAAUCCUUUAAUUAUGGUUUCUCGUUUGCACUAUGCAUACUUGGAAUGUGUUUUGCUGCUUUGGUAGACAUUAUCCUGAUUUACGACCUCUUAAUGGCAAAGAAGAACACUGAAAGUCGUAUUGGUGUUCAGAAAAAAUAAGACUAAAACCAAAAUCUAUUAUAAAAUAUUCAAACUUAACAAAAUAGUUGUAAACUUGACAUUUAUUUAAAAAAAAAACAUAUAAAUUGUACACUGAUUACUUCAAAUGUCUAUCUCUGUAUAGUGAGAAAAACCCUGACAUAAAUGAAGGUAAUGAAAUAAGAGAUAAAGAAUUUUUCAUAUUAACUUUCACGUUUACAUUUAUGUCAUCCAUAGAAAUAUAUCUAUGUUUGACUACUAGUACUGUAUUAAAGGUGAUGCCGUCAUUGUUUUCCCCAAAUAUAUCUUUGUUAAAUUUGCACUUUCCAAAGAAUUGUGCAGAUUUUAUCUUUGUUUCAAAUAAA